AUGCCGACCAUCCGACCAACAUCACUAGAAUGCUCCUUCGAACCAGCAACUCCAUCCCUGAUCACCUUAGCAAACAAUAUAUUUUCUCCCACCUUUGACUUUCUUACUAUGGCAACCCCAUCCAUGCCUGCUCGUGGAGAUCAAACGGCCCCGACCUUUGACCCCCAUCAACCCUGCAAAUUGAGACGAUAUUUCGCCAAUCUAGACUUCCACUUUGAAGUCUACAGAUUGUACCCCGGAUCGGAGGAAGAGCGCAAAUGGUCGGUAUCAGAUAUGGACAAGCUAGUUGGCGAAACAAGCAGGGUUGGCAUCUUGUCUCUCAGCGAACUUGGCAACUAUCAUCGGCGAUUCCUGGCAAUCAUGGUAUUCCUCCUUAGCAAGGCACAAAUCUUGGCUGCCGAACAAGAAUGUGCCUUCGCUAGAGGAUUCCAACUGGAGCUAUGGGCAAGAAUCUUGCAAUGUCUACAACUCAAGUUCCCCAAUCAUUUCCCAGACGGCCCAUACAACCUCCAAGACAUCCAUGACACGGCCCGAUUCAUUUUGCACGGCACCAUGUCCGCCUACAACACAACCUCUACCGACAUCUCUCAAGCAGCCCCCGCUGUGCCACCCACCAAUGCAAUCAAAGCCAAAGACCUGGCAACCAUGUUUGAACGACUCACCAACACCUUUGUCAAGUCCAUCGCAGCUCAAGGGAUGUCCAGGCCAGCCAAUCGACCAUCCCAACAACCAGGACAAGGCGGCGACAACUGCAUGUUCUGUGGCAGUCCCGAACACUUCAUGUGCACCUGUCCCGAUGUCACCAAAUAUAUUCAGAUCGGCAAAUGCAAGCGGAAUAUCGAGGGGAAGGUUGUAUUGUCAAGUGGGGCAUUUGUACCCAGAGAAAUCAUAGGUAGUAACCUAAAGGACCAAGUUGACAAAUGGCAUCGCAGGAAUCCAGGACAGUUGGCAACUGGACAGAUGAUAUUCAUGGUAAAUGCGGCGCCGACUCACCUGAUGAUAAUAGCCUCCUGUCACGAUUCCCCCUCAUUGCUGGAUAUCACCCCAACUUACCAACUCACCAAUGUCCAGCAAAUUGCGAGCCUCAAAUCCAAGGACGAUGCUCCAAUCCACCCAUAUGCCAAAGCCCAAGACGCCACCUAUGCACCGCCACAUAAAUGCAACAUGGGAGCCCCGGCAAAGAUACCCUUGGCAAAGAAGGACGCUCCGGCCUACAAAACCACGGCGCCGAUCUAUGACGAGAAGGUAGCAGCUAAGGUCUACAACAGGGUGAUGGCCACUCAGGUGAUGCUUACCCAGCGCAAACUACUCUCCCUCUCCGCCGAAGUCCGUUUGCAGGUCAGGGAAGCCACGUCAGCAUGCCGAUCGCCUGCCAAAGAUGCCAGCAAUGUUCGGACCUUCUACCAAGAUGCCAAUCUACCCUAUGCCAUCGACGACCUUGAACCACUGACUCAACUGACUGUCUCCUCCUUCAUCAACAUCCUGCACCAACCGGAAACACCUCCGCCUAGUGCAAUCAUCAUCCCCAACAUGUACGAAACAUAUCUGAAGAAUCUACAGCCCAGUCAGGUUCCUCAGCCAUUGAUAGUUGCUAAAGAAUUGUCUGCCCUAAGGUCUAUUGUUCCCCUUGUUGAUCAUCAGCAGGAAGUCGAAUGUGUCAUCGAUCCAGGCAUUUGCAACAAACUGGCACUCAUCUAUGACCCUGAAAUCGUCCUCAAUAUGCAGUCGGCGAACGGCGAAAUCGACCAAUCCUUGGGCCUGGCACACAAUGUGCCAUUCCUCAUCGGCGACACCACCCUGUACCUCCACAUCCUCAUCAUUUGGAAUUCAGCCUACGACGUUCUCCUCGGUCAGCCCUUCAACAUCCUCACCAAAAGUAUUGUCAAAAAUUAUUCAAAUGAAGACCACAUGAUCACCAUCAGCGACCCGAACAAGGGACAACGAGCCACCAUUCUGACGAUCAGACAAGGACCGCCUCAAGUCCUUCACUGA